AUGGUCGCAACGUCUGAUGAUCAAGCUCAGAAAUAUACGACCGUCUACAGUUCACAGAGUGUGUACGCGUCAGAUCAAGUUCUGGAGGCAAGGGCUGAAGUCUCCAGCACUUUCUUCCGUAAAUUGGCCGACUUGUUUAAUGCGAUCUUGGCCAAACUUGCUCAGCUCAUCAGACUAUCUCGCCGUCCUUUCAGGACGGAAAAUAACGAAGCUCUUGUCGUCAAUGCUGCUCCAACCGAACCACUUAUUGAGCCGCUCCCGCUAAUGCGCCGUGUGUCCAACUGGAAAGCCAUUAAGGCUUAUCUUAACAUUGAGACUGUGUCCGGUGGUCUUUUAUCUCGAAAUGGACAUCCACUUGUUGAAACCAAUGGUGCCGCAGAGAUGUUAGCGUCCUCAACCCUCUCCCCUAGUGCAUACGAAGAUGCUUUAAAGCAGUACGAGGAGAAGGCAGGGAAUGAAGCUGACUUUGCCAUGUUCUUGUCACUUCGUUCGCACACCAAUAAUGCUGGUCUCGUUUCCAUCGUCUUUAGCGCAUUACGUACUGAUGACUAUAAAGAAGAGGCUAAAAGGUUGAUGAUCUACAUGUUUCAAGAGUGGUACAUGACGGGUUGGAGUCCUGAAUUGGUCAAAAAAAAAUUCAUGGGACAUGUUGACGCGGAAGAUGAAAUGUUUGUCGAUGCGUUCAUCCUCCUGUACACCAGGUAUUGCAACUUGAGCAAUAAGUUUUUUCUGGACGCCUAA